AUGGAUCUAGUCUAUUAUAAUGACAUGCCUUCAGCAACAACUUCGGAUUGCAGUUGCACUCAGUACAGAGGAAAUUCCAUUCAAAAGCAAGAAGUCACUUCUCCUAAGUGGACAAAAGUUCUACUGAUUAACCUCAGCGUCGCUCUUAUUUUUGCUCUUGGAGGUCUCUGUGUUCUGGGGAUUAUGUCCUUCACAGCACAGACUUUGAACUGUGAAACAAACUUUCAUGGAAAGUUGUACUUCUUCAGCUCUGAUUAUCUGAACUGGUCAAGCAGCCGUGCUUUCUGUGUUUCAAAAGGAGCUGAUCUGGUCACCAUAACCAGCCAAUCAGAACAUGAUUUUCUGGCUUCUGAAAUUAAAGAACAGCACUGGAUUGGUCUCAGUGAUCUGAAAACUGAGGGACACUGGGUUUGGGUGAAUAACCAAACUCUCAAUGAAUCUGGAGUACAGUCGUGGCACAAGAGAGCAUCUGGACAAAGUGAACCUGAUAACUGGAGAGGAACGGACCCCUCUGGAGAAAACUGUGCUGUUGUGAAAUAUUCUGAAGGCCAUGUAGACUGGUUUGAUAUUUCUUGCAAACUUCAAAAAAAGUUUAUUUGUGAGAAAAAAUAUUAA